UCCAGAUUACCACCAUACGUAUCCCAGUACAUCUCGCCAGUAAUGCCGCCCCGACGACAACUUCCCUCAUUUUCUCUCUCUCCAGAACUCAUGGCUAGUUUACCUGAGGAAUUCCGUCUUGCGAUCGACCCCUUCGACUCUUCUUCUACCACUUCCGACGACAAUUCGCCCGAAAUCAUCCGGCCCUCCUUGGAUGCUUUACCAGGAGCUUCAGACCUUUCAAGUGCCAUAAUAGGAGAUGAAGGGGAUGUUAGUGAUGAUGACAGAGUGCCAGCUUCCUACUUUCCUCCUUCUCUGCCCCUCGUCCAGUCACCGUCUGCACCCUCAUCUGCCUCCUCUUCAGUAUCAACUCCGCCAUUGUCGCCUUCUGCUUUGUUGGCAGCCAGCCGAACAACCAACCGGUCUGCUAGGCUGCCUGGCCCCCCUAUCUGGCGUAUCAACAAUCUCAGAAGGCCUGGCCGACGUACAAUUGACGGUCCUCGAGAAGAAGAGCACCACGAUCCUGGGCAUUCCCCACCCCUCGACGAGGACGAGCACGAGAACUUUAUGCGUCGUAUGCGCUACUCUCCUCCUCCACCGCUCCCAGAUGGAGAGGAUGAAAUGCGACGAUAUGAGAGCGACGGAGGCUACAGUGGCUAUGAGAAUGAUUUCAUGCCCAGCCAGAGCCCCGUUGCUGCAGAUCCUCUUCACUCCAAUACUUCCGAUUCUGCCCCCCCUCCAACCCAUCCCCGACGACCUCGACCUUCUUCCCACCGAUCCAUAUCGACGACUACAAGCUUUGAGAAUAGUUUUGGAGAGGAGGAGCCAUGGGAGCAGUAUAGACGCCUGAUGAACGAGUCUCGGGUGUUCUGCAUGCUAAUGUGGGAGGGGUUAUGGAUUUGUCAAGGUUGGGAUAGCAUCAGGAAUAAGCCCCAUGCCAAGUACUGCCACCUACAAGUGUCCCGUGGUGAAAAGUCUUGCGACUGCCCAGCCUACCGAUCUAAUCAAGACUGUGUACAUGUUUUGUUGUACAUCAACGCACCGGACAUCUUUCAAAACAUCCAUGCCAGACUCGAAAAUCAUAUGCGCGGCGACCCAGUCAUACUCGUGCGCUACCACAUUGAUGAUUUCCUUCUUGUCUACUCCGUACAGCAAAGCGGGAAUGAGGCAGACGCUAUGGAAAACCAAGGAAGACGUGUUGUGGUAUACCGAGAACGUAAUGGUCAAUGGCGAUGUAGUCAGCAGGGCCGCGGCUGCCGUGGCCUCUGCAACCACAUCAAUCAUGCUAGAAAUGAUGCUCUGGAAGAAGAGUACAUAGGGGAAGACGAUGCCCAGGAUGAAGAUGAUGGCGUUGGCGACGACCUUCCUCUCGGUGCUGAUGGCGAAGGUGUGCGAGAAGUUUGCCGGCAAGCAAUAGAAGUCACCAUCUCCAACAAGCCUCGCCCACCACCCGCGGCCAUUCUUUUCCAAUCCGACAACGUGCCCUUCUCCUACCCUCCGCUCCAUGGUUCAUGCCCACAACGUCUCCAUCUUGACGAAGGAGCAAGAUGUAGAUGCGGUGAGCGGUUAUCAGAUCGGCUGCGAGGUCUCGGGCGUUCCUUUUGGACCGAUUUUCGGGUUCUCCACACAACUGGUGUGGAAAAAGUACGCUUGGAAACUGUCAGAUGUCCAAGGCCUGGUUGCGGUCGAGAUAUAGGCCCUGACCUCGCCUCCCAUGGCUUAGUUAAUUUCAACAAUGAGAUUGGUUUUUCAAGGAACGUCUUUGAUCUGUACAUAUCUCUUUGUACGCGCUCGGAGACGCCUCUCCAUGCAUUCCAUUCUUCCAUCAUUGACAAUUAUCUAAACUUGGGCUCUCAAGAUACGUUUGUGUCGAUUAAAACCUUCACUCGGGCCUUCUUCGCCUUCCUUAAGCUCAUUGGUUGGGGUACAGUCAUGACUUGUCCCGAGUGUGGCCCGAAUCCAGAGGUUGUCAUUAUGGAUGGGACUGUAAUUCAUUUUUCAGCCCAUUACCUGACAGGUUCUCUUAGGCCUGCCACUCUGCCGACUGUCGACAGUCAAGACCGCCCUUGUGUUAUCUACACACCCCUGGCUUGCCUUCACAAGGACAUUUUUUCUAUGACAGCCAAUGGAUUCCAACAACUCCGUCAGGAUGUUCAUGAAUGGUGUCGUAUUGUCAAUCUUCGCGCUCUCCGUGCAUUUCCUCACUCUCUCCAAGAACUCUUCCAGAGGAACAUAUCCCAAGGUGCUGAAGAGGUGGAUAGGAAGGUUGGAAUUGCUUUGAAGGCUUUUCUGGGAACGCUUCUGGAGCCUGUUGAUCUGCCUCCCCGACACCAACGGGCGUUAAGGCUAUUCCUAGGUCAACUGGUGACACCAGACAUCAUUACCGCCAUCUUCCCUCCCCAAGUUUACCAGGAAUUGCGAAAUUUCUCGGAAACCGGUGAUGCCACCGAUGACAUGUGCAAGAUGACUCCAGUUGUCACUCAUGUCAUCGACACGUUCAAACAAGGCCCGGAAAAUCUCGCACUCCCAGAAACAUUCCUCGACCUAGUGGGUGUCAUGAAUGCGAGGAGUCAAAAGGUCUUGCGAGAUCUCCAGGAACGAGCUGACUAUACCUGUCAACUGCCUGGAGAGCUGUUGGGAAAAGCUAGACAGUUGGAGGAAGAGAGGUUGGAAAGGGAAAGAAGGACAGGGAGAGACGGCACGGGCGUGAGGACGGCAUUCCCCCGCUGCGGCAAUCGAGACGUAUACUCCGGUAUACCGACUGAUGCAGGAGCGAGGCGUCUCUGCCAACAGAAAAUCGGAGACUGGGAAGGUGGUGGGGAUGGGUGCAAGAAGUACUAUGACCAGGUCAUAAGGAAGAAAAAGAUGCGCAUGACGGGUGGUAUCGCUGGUAUAUGGUGUCCGCAUGGCAUCUGUCUGGCGUACCAAGUCAUGCCAACGUCCGAGGGGAGAGAUGAUUUCUUUUCUCUCCUCAAAUGCUUCUUUCCUGUCCCACCAAAGGUCAUAGUGUAUGAUUUUGCCUGUUCUCUCGCAACCUAUUGCAUGCUGCGCGACCCUGUUUACUUUGCCCAUGUCAGGUUCUUGGUCGAUGAGCUCCAUGCACAUGGCCACACAACUUGCUCGAGGGCUGGUCGUAUCAGCACGGCGAUGUUCUAUAGUCCCAACCUGCGCAUGGUCAACUCAAGUGUUGCAGAGGGUAAUCAUUCCGUUCUGAGACGACUACGGAAGUCUCUCUCUUACAUGAACGAGGAGCAUUUCUUGUGUUUCUUUGAUAUGGCCAUACAGGCUAUGAACCGAAGAGCUCUUCUCAAACAUGAAUGGGAAGUCCUCUAUCGAGGUCUCCCUUAAUGUUCAAAGUUCAUAUGCAACUUCUGUGAUCCUCCCUCUUAGCUAGAAGUCAAUCGGUGAGAUGAUGAGCGGGAGCAUCGGGCGUCCUCGAUGGUAGGAUGUUUAUGCCGUGCACAUGUCGUAGGUAAAGUGCAUUUGCCGUACAUCAAAUGUCUAUACAACACUUGAGACAGAAUCAUACGACUUGCGUUAUACGCAUACUUUAUCCAAUUUUAAUGAUGAC